AAGGAGGAGGAGAAGCAGCCGCCGCAGCCGCCGCAGCAGCAACUUGACCCAAACAACCCCGCAGCGAACUGGAUCCACGCUCGCUCCACCCGGAAAAAGCGCUGUCCCUACACCAAAUACCAGACUCUAGAGCUGGAGAAGGAAUUCCUCUUCAACAUGUACCUCACCCGGGACCGGCGCUACGAGGUGGCCAGGAUUCUGAACCUUACAGAGAGACAGGUCAAAAUCUGGUUCCAGAACCGCAGGAUGAAAAUGAAAAAGAUGAGCAAGGAGAAAUGCCCCAAAGGAGACUGACCCAGCCGGUCCUGGCCUGAAAUGCUCAGAGGCAGCCGGUUUGGGGUUUUGUUUUGUUUUUUGUUUCUUUCUUUUUCUUUUUUUUUCCUUGUGGGUGCUUGAUUCAGAAACUCUCCAGCAACUCGGACUUUUUUCUUCUUUUUUAGGUAGAAGUGACUGUGUGGUUGGUCUCUGUGAGUUAUUUGGGGGACACUGUAUUUGCUCGCAUAUGUAUUGGAGAAACCAAGUGGCUUUGGAGUUUUGUCUUAUUCCGCUCCCUCCCUUUCCUACUCUGUUGGUUCCUUAGGAAAUGCUAUAUUUUGUGAGUGCACGCAGGCUUGAUGAAGCCCUCUCUUGUGUAAAUGUCCCUCAUGUUUCUGAAAAGUGCUGUAGUUUAGUCUCACCCGGUCCAGCCUCCCAAACAGGGCCAACUAUCCAAUUCCGAGAAUCUGAAGGCAGAGGGAGAUUAUGGACACCCGCGCUGCUCUCCAGCCCAAACCCAAGCCAGCUGCACACCGCAGGAAAGCCCCUUUCCUCAGGGAGCCUGCAGGCUGACUUCCAAUGAGGCCUACCGAGAAGUCCUGGGCUCUGGGACGCCGCAGGGUGCGGGGAAAGCUUGGCCCUCUGAGCCCCGGAAGAGCUGCUCUCUCCCCGGGAGGGUUGGGCUCCCUUGGGCGGCCUGGGGUGGUGGCCCUUCAUGUUCCUGCCUGAGGACCAGUGUAAAUGUUACCGCUUCCAACAAAUAAAAGCUGAUCUGAGUAAAUGGAGCCCAGACACUGGCCCUGAA